UUAUAUCUCACUGAUCUAUUUAUUUUACUAUAUUUCCCUCUGUUUUUUUCUCUCUCUAGAUUGGUGCGCAUUUCUCUUGUUUUUCUAUGGGUGGAAGUGUCAGGUAAUUCAGCCACACAAUUCAUCAUCGAAGUCAGUCACCGAUGAUCAUCGGUGAGUGACUUGCCCGAGGAUAUAUAAUCUGCUAGUUUUUUUGGCAAAUGGCUACUAUGGCACCUACUUCUGACUCAAGGGAGUCAGGGAGUCAUGCUGUAGGGCUUGAUAAUUUGCCUGAGGAGAUGAAUGACAUGAAAAUCAGGGAUGACAAGGAAAUGGAAGCAACAAUUGUAGAUGGCAAUGGGACUGAGACAGGUCACAUAAUAGUUACUACUAUUGGUGGUCAAAAUGGUCAGCCAAAGCAGACAAUUAGUUACAUGGCAGAACGUGUUGUUGGACAUGGGUCAUUUGGAGUUGUAUUUCAAGCAAAAUGUUUGGAAAAUGGAGAAACGGUUGCUAUAAAAAAGGUUCUCCAGGAUAAGAGGUAUAAGAACAGAGAGUUGCAAACCAUGCGCCUUCUCAACCAUCCAAAUGUUGUGUCUCUGAAACACUGCUUCUUCUCGACAACUGAAAAGGAUGAGCUUUAUCUCAAUCUGGUACUUGAGUAUGUUCCUGAGACUGUUCACCGUGUAAUCAAACAUUAUAAUAAGUUGAGCCAAAGAAUACCACUGAUCUAUGUCAAGCUGUAUGCAUACCAGAUCUUCAGAGCUCUGUCUUACAUCCAUUGUGGUAUUGGAGUGUGUCACAGGGACAUAAAGCCUCAAAAUUUGUUGGUGAAUCCGCACACCCACCAGGUCAAAUUAUGCGAUUUUGGAAGUGCCAAAGUUUUGGUCAAAGGGGAGCCCAAUAUCUCGUAUAUCUGCUCUAGGUAUUACAGAGCACCUGAGCUUAUUUUUGGAGCAACCGAAUAUACCACUAGCAUUGACAUUUGGUCUGCUGGUUGUGUGCUUGCUGAGCUACUUCUUGGACAACCUCUGUUUCCUGGUGAGAGUGGAGUAGACCAGCUUGUUGAGGUCAUCAAGGUCUUGGGUACUCCAACCAGGGAGGAAAUAAAAUGUAUGAAUCCCAAUUAUACCGAGUUCAAAUUUCCUCAAAUUAAAGCUCAUCCGUGGCACAAGAUAUUCCAUAAACGCAUGCCUCCAGAAGCUGUGGAUCUUGUUUCAAGACUACUACAGUACUCUCCUAAUCUGCGUUGCUCAGCUCUGGAUGCCAUAAUGCAUCCCUUUUUUGAUGAGCUGCGUGAUCCAAACACUCGACUUCCCAAUGGCAGAUUCCUGCCCCCAUUAUUUAACUUCAAACCACAAGAGUUGAAGGGUCUCCCAGCGGAGACUUUGGCAAGGUUGAUUCCUGAGCAUGCGAGAAAGCAGUGUCCUGUUCUCACAGUAUGAUUCUCGUAGCAACCAGUUGAGCCUUGAAGAGCCGUGCACAAACAUAAUGUAUCUCUGUCUUCAUCACCAUAUGUUGUUUUUAUGUUAUAAUAUGACCCUGUUUGCAUGUGUAUGAAACUGUUGACUGAUUGCCUGAACACCAUCUGUUACUACAUUUUUCCUGCUUUUUGGCGAGGUUUUUACCUCAUGUGGAUAUAAGGAUGACUUCGUAUCUGUAAUGAACUCACCAUUCUCUCUUUC